CACACGACUGAGCUCCCCUCCAAUUCCACAGAAUACAGCAAGAACUUCACAUACAAGAACAAAGCUGCAGGAAAAACACGUUGAGGGUGGCCCCUCGUUAAUUCCCAGGAUUUCAGCCGCAGCCCGCUGGACAGCGCCAGGAUGACUUCCGCUACUCCGGGCGAACAGUCGGGCAGGUGCUUCUACUGAUCCCGAGGGACAGCUCCUUGUUCCUGAAAGGCUGUUUUCCGUUAGCUAACCGCGAGAACAAGCCAUUGAACACUUAACAAAGACGCAACCGCUUUGCUUUUUUUUUUUUUUUAAUUAAAUUCAGAGUUAGCUUGAGCCGUGUACCCCCCUCGAGAAGAGGAGCGCCAGAGUGUGUGGACGGAUCCUCUCCCCAGGUCCUGAACUCUUAGGGACCGGGCGCUGUGACGCGCGCCCUGCGGGCAGUAAACUUGUAGGGGCGAGAGGGAGUGACAUCGAUUAAACCCAAAUCGUGCGCGUUCAGUCCUCAGGGCACCGGAGCGCCUGAAAACUCCAGCGGACUCUGCUGGAAAGGAGAUCAUGCCCCCCAAGUCUCUUUCCAACCUCUCGGUGACCACAGGCGCGAAUGAGAGCGGUUCUGUUCACGAGGGGUGGGAAAGGGAUUUCCUGCCAGCCUCGGACGGGACCACCGCGGAGUUGGUGAUUCGCUGUGUGAUUCCGUCCCUCUACCUGCUCAUCAUUACCGUGGGCUUGCUGGGCAAUAUCAUACUGGUGAAGAUCUUCAUCACCAACAGCGCCAUGAGGAGCGUCCCCAACAUCUUCAUCUCUAACCUGGCGGCUGGGGACUUGCUGCUGCUGCUCACCUGCGUCCUGGUGGACGCCUCGCGCUAUUUCUUCGAUGAGUGGAUGUUUGGCAAGGUGGGCUGCAAACUGAUCCCGGUCAUCCAGCUCACUUCUGUUGGGGUUUCUGUGUUCACUCUUACUGCCCUCAGUGCCGACAGGUACAGAGCCAUCGUAAACCCCAUGGACAUGCAGACAUCAGGGGCAGUGCUGUGGACCUGUGUGAAAGCCAUGGUUAUCUGGGUGGUCUCUGUGUUGCUGGCAGUUCCUGAAGCAGUGUUUUCAGAAGUGGCACGCAUCAGUGGCUUGGAUAAUAGCAGCUUCACAGCAUGUAUCCCCUACCCUCAAACAGAUGAAUUACAUCCAAAGAUUCAUUCAGUGCUCAUUUUCUUGGUCUAUUUCCUCAUACCACUUGCUAUUAUUAGCAUUUAUUAUUAUCAUAUUGCAAAGACCUUAAUUAAAAGCGCACACAAUCUUCCUGGAGAAUACAAUGAACAUACCAAAAAACAGAUGGAAACACGGAGACGCCUGGCUAAAAUUGUGCUUGUGUUUGUGGGCUGCUUCAUCUUCUGUUGGUUUCCAAACCACAUCCUUUACAUGUAUCGGUCUUUCAACUAUAAUGAGAUUGAUCCAUCUCUAGGCCACAUGAUUGUCACCUUAGUUGCCCGGGUUCUGAGUUUUUGCAAUUCUUGUGUCAACCCAUUUGCUCUUUACCUACUCAGUGAAAGCUUCAGGAGGCAUUUCAACAGCCAACUCUGCUGUGGGACGAAGUCCUAUCAAGAAAGAGCAACCAGCUACCUACUCAGCUCUUCAGCCAUGCGUAUGACAUCUCUGAAAAGCAAUGCUAAGAACAUGGUGACCAAUUCUGUUUUAGUAAAUGAGCACUGCAUGAAGCAGGAAAUGGCACUGUGAUUUUGGCCAUUCAACUCACUAUAUGGAGAGAACUUACGGUUAAAAUUACUAUUCAGCAGAUCAGAACAAAAUAAUUAUCCUAUUCUUGCUGUUGCUUAGCUAAUUUAUUAGAAAAUUUCAUGAUUGACUGAGAAAAUGCAAGAUAUUUUUGCUCUACACUAAACUUUAUUUUUUUCUCUUUUAAUUUCCUAAUUAUUGGAGUGUGGGAAAAGACUUCAAAAUAUUACAUAUAAUACAUAUUAUAUGUAUAUACAUGUAUUUAUGCACACAUACAUAUGUACACACGUGUAUGUUUUAUAUAUUUCCCAUUAAAAAUGAUCCCUAAACCAUUGAAGUAUGUAUAAUUCAACAUUGCUUCAGUAUUUAGGCUGUUGCUAAAGCCAAUUCUAGCAUAUUUCUCUUAGAUUUGUUUUAUCUCAAAGCAUGAAAUAAAUUUUUAUAUUGACUCAAUGAUUCAGUGAGGGUAAUAGUCAAAUUCCUAUUAUUUGAAAUACAAGUCAGAUUGUCCUGGUGAAUUUCAUUUACAACUAUUGCAUACACACACACACACACACACACACACACACACAAACACACACACACAUACCUCCUUCAUUUGAAAAAAAUAAUAAAAAAUUCAAGGGUGGAGCUUUAUCACAUCAAUACUUAUUGUGAUUAGUUCUAUGAUUAAUCAAUUCAUAUCUGUAACAUAAGUAUGUGAUUAACUGAUAUAAUGAAAUUAAUAUGAAUUAUAAAAUAGGUAUAUGAAUAUAAUUUACAUUAUGACUGUGAAAUAGGCAUCAUAUGAAUAUAAUUUAUAUUAUGACUGUAAAAUAGGUAUCAUAUGUCCCAAAUUGCAAAACUACGACUCAGAAGUUUGCAUGACUAUCUUUGUAUACAUUGCUAAAUCCUUGACUAUUUGGAUGAUUUUGUAUAGAUGUGAUAAGAUUUGUGUUAUUCUGGUGAGUUCAACCAUUUAGUCAUCUUCUUUUGCAACAACCAACCGACAAAUAUGUGGGAUCUCACUUAGGCAGUUUUUUCCUGCUUUUCCUGGAUGAUACCACAGUUUUCUCUGAAUAAAUGUCUUCUCUUUUAAGCAAAAUGCAAGUGUCUUGAUUACAUUUUAAAAGCUCCUAGUUUUAAAAGCAUGUAUCAAUAAAUCUAAUAUUUAAAU